GCAAUUGUCUUCAACAUUACCCAACAUCCCACAGCUUCUGUUUUUGCUCUCUCUCUCUCUCUCUCUCUAAAAUACCAGAAACUUAGCUCCUUAACUUGUCUUCAACACUUAUUCUCUUUUCACACUUUCUAAGUUGAAUAUCCACCUUGUGAUUCUCUGUGAUAUUCAUGCACUUAAAAGUUCUGACACCUAUAACUCCUUCCCAUUUGUCCCUUUGAGUUACAUUAGUUUUCAGCUCGAUUUUUGAGUAUUUUACAGUUCGCCUAUACCUCCAAUUAACAUUACCAACUCACACACUUAGCAAUGUCUAGCCGAAGGUCAAGAUCUGGGCAAUCCGGUGGUUCAAGAAUCUCCGACGAUCAGAUUAAUGAUCUUGUUUCCAAGUUGCAACAACUUCUUCCUGAGAUUCGCAAUAGUAGACGUUCUGGCAAGGUUUCAGCAUCCACACUGCUACAGGAAACGUGCAACUACAUUAGAAACUUGCACAGAGAGGUGGACGAUCUAAGUGAGCGGCUGUCCGAGCUAUUGGCAACAACUGACACUGCCCAAGCUGCUGUAAUCAGGAGCUUACUUUCGCAGUAGAAGGAAUUAAGGAGACUAUGAUUAACUCAUCAGCAGAGUAUCGUUGUCACCAGUUUAUGUAAUAGGCAUCGUUUUUCUUCUCUGAUCUGGGCCAUAGCUAUCUUUCUAGGGUUUUUGUUCAGUAGAUUUAUGAACUAAAGGAUGGUCUAGAAAAUCCUUUUGCAAAGCUGUAGUAAUGUGUUAUGGAGUUGAUAUAAUAAAUGGACUUGAUCAGUUCUCUUAUCUAGAGUUUCUCAUCUUUUA